GUCCUGACUCCGACGCCGAUGAUCCUUCAACUCGUCAGAAUUGUACGCAACAGAGAUCUAGUCGAUUAUAUUCCUCAACUUGUUCAAAAUGUGAAAAAACUGUUCAACGAAAUCAAAAACGAUUUGUCUGUGAUGUCUGCAAAGACUUUCUCCAUGCCAGUUGUCUCGGAAUCGCUUAUGUAA